GUUGAAAAUGUUUUUACGUUGUUUUAAAAACACUCGAUCAGUUUUUGUUGUUUUGAUAUGUUUUAUCUACAGCAAUGUGAACUGUGUUUUAAAGACAACCUAUUUCGUCACGGAUGCAACAUUAAACAAUAAAAUAUGCACAGAUUCGGAGAAGAUAUUUCAGUUGUCUGUGAGAAGUAAAUUAAUGUGUUCUAAUAUGUGUGAGAACAAUCCAGAGUGCGCGACAAUAUUCUAUGAACGAGAUAAAAGCAUAUGUACAAUUUGCAGGGGAAGGCGGAACGUGAUAGAAAAGAGUGGCACUAUUUGUUACUUCAAAAAUAUUAACUGUAAUUCCCCGCUCGCUGUUGACGGAGGUACAAUAACGUCCGUGGAAGGUUACACAGCGGGUGAUCAAGCCUCGUACACGUGCUCGUCGUGCAGUCACUCCCCGGCUGGCGGUGUUGGUAUAAUUAGAUGUCAAGCUGAUGGCACGUGGACUACUCCAAAAUGUUCUCCAGCUAUUGAUGUUGGCUACCUACCAAACGGACAACUUAUACCACCAGGAGCGACAGGUUGUAUGUCUACAAAAGGUUCAAGAUGUCUAGAAUUUUCCAUGUCACCUCAUGUUAUGGAUGGACUUAGAUCGGACGGUAGUUCUGGCGGCUGUUGGUGCGGGGCGUUAUGUUGCAAUUCUUACUGCUGUUACGAUGUAAAAUGUUGAACCAUUUGAUAAGAUAAUUACGACAUUAUUCAAAUAUUUAUGAUGAGCUUUUUCUGCAAACUCACAAAAUAUAUCAUAUACGUUGCAUAUAACAUAAAUUAAUGAAUCGUAUGAGACCAGGGCAUUGACUUAACAAUACAAUUUUACAUUUUCUUGGUUAAAAAAAUAGAAAAUGAAAUGAGCAUACGCAAGAAUAUCGAAUGAAUUCAGACAGUUUAGUUAGCAUUUUUACAUAGAUAAAUUUAGGUAAAGUAUGUAACAGAUAUAUUCUACAACCUGUUUAUAUGUCAUUGUCCUAAAGAGGUACUAUACUCAUCUUCGAGUAAGAUUUUUUAAAUUACAGAAAUUUAUUGAAUUAUAUGAAAUUAUUACUGAAAAUGUCUAACUUUAAUAUAAAAACUUGAUCUUAUUUAAAAAAUGCCAGUUUUUUAUUGACACUAUAAUUAUAUUCAUAUUGUGAUCACCUACAGUGUGUAAAAUUUUAAACAGAAAUUUAGACUCGGAAUCAUCCUCUUCAUUGACUUGACAGUAUGUUUGUUGAGCAUUGUUUUCACUUCAUUUCUACCUAGAUGUAUGUUCUUUUUAAAUAGUAUUUACAAAGAAACUUGUAGCAGUUAUCAAUACUUUUAUAUCAAAUUUGAACAUAGUACAUGUAUAUCUUUAAAGUACAACAAGAAGUCAUUGUGUUAGAGUACAUGGCGUCAAUUUUUAAAAGUACAACAUAAUAUCAUUUUG